AUGAGCUCAUCUAGAAGAAAGAUGGAAAUGAAGGUUAAGGAAGUGGAGGAGAAAGAAGUUGAGUUGUGCUUGACUCAUCUACGAUUCCUUUCAAAAUUUUACAUCACAAUAAUCGAGAAUAAACAAGCACAAAUGAAUAUGGCGCAUGCACAAUUCCUAGCCGAUCGAGAUGAUUUGAACGCUUAUCAAGAAUGGACAAGUGCAAAGUCAAAGAUUCUCGACCUAUACGAGUACUGGUUACGCGAAUUGUUGAAUCUGACGUUAGUCGAUGACAUUCGUGCUAUUUGUAUGCAUCAGAUGAUGGCUGCGGAUUGCUACUGGUUUCUUGCCAAGAUGCAUCGACCAGCAUCUCAUAGUGGACAUUCAAAUUACGAGAUGGCAUGUCGAUGUAUGGAGAAGAUAGUACGAGCGUUAAUCGAAUGCUUACCACAACAAAACACCUUCUUCAUUUAUCUGAUCCGGAAAUAUUCACUUUUGGUGCUGGAUUAUAGCAAAGCGGCAGGUUUAGGAACUUUUCGAAGCCAAUCAGCUUCCGGUCACCGGAUUCCUGCGCACAUGUUCGAAGCAGACGUUGAAUUGUGCCGCUCCAGUAUAUCGAUGUGUCGAGGAUACAUCUACAAACUAUUAGGGGCAUCCAAUCCAUACUUGAAUGGCAAAGAGAGCAACGGCAGCUUGACGAUCGACUUACGAGCAGAAAUUUCAAAACUGUCAAGGCUACUUGAUGACGUCGCUUAG